CACCAGAAGCCACCAGAGCCAGCCAGGGCCACCAGCGUCUUUUGCUUGAUUGAACCUCACCAAUGCCGCAUGUGUGUGUGGCAUGAACAAGCUCCACCCCCUGUAACCCCCGGCACCAACCCGCUCGCCGGCUUGCUGCUACUUGUGGGUUUCGUCAUAUCACACGAGCAUUUUGUUUCUGCCAGCUGCCAGAAGAUGCCCAACCAUACUACCAAUCUUCAGGCAGUGUGCGUUUGAUGUCCGGUCAGAUCAGGGACUUCCUUCUGUGUUGUCCACCACCGCCUCUUCCUCUUCCGCGACAAAGCAGCUGCCCUCUCCUCCUCCAUCAUCUAGUCUUCACUUCACGACAGACGUCAUUACUAGCAGCAUCAUCGAAUCUCAGACCAUGGCCGGAUCCCCUGACCUGCGACUUUGACUUCUGUCCUCUUCUUCCGCAACCCGACGCUACUCACGGCCAGUUUGUGAAGUGUGAAGAUGCGGGCGGCAGUGCUUGGACGAUCAACGCAGAGAUCGACGAGUCGAUAGGGCCAGCGUCGGCUUCAAAAUGUCCGAACAUGGCAGCAACGAGUCGAGACGGUCCUCCUCACAGACCUCUGCCCAGUCCGCCGAUUUCAAGAAACCUAAGACUAUCCGUGGAGCCCCCAAGCGUCAUGGCUCGAAACACUCCUCCAAAUCCUUUGAAGAGGACGACCCUUCCCUGACCUCCUUUCCCUCUUUCUCUCCAGAGACCGAAACGAAGUCGGCAAGCAUUGCUCAAGAGGUGGUGCCGAAACCCAUACGUACAAUAUCACAGAAGGCAAGGGAUAGGAAGGCCACUCUUGCGGGCUUGACAAGUGCAUCUCCCUCUCUCAAUAGACAAAAUGCAUUGUUCGACGACUCUCCGCGAUCAUCGCUGGAGAUCCCCGGUUCCUUGCAUUUGGCCAGCGACGACCACAUAGAAAGACUUAUUGCCAGGACUGGCGCGGUCAAGCUGGUCCGUCAGUAUGCCUCCGACCUUGCUCAAAGGGAUGCGGAAAUUUCAGCUCUACGGAUCCGAGCAGAUCACAGGGAGAGAGAAUUGAAGAAGAUCCUGCGUGAGGCCAAUGUCCCGACGGCGGAGGUGGAGAAGAGGCUUCUCAGACUGGAGCAGGGAGAGACAGACUCAAGCGUCGGAUCUGGCUCUGUGGAUCGAGGUGCUGCGUUGUUAGACGGGAUGAUGAGCGAAGCCAUGGCAGAUGGCAUUGUGGUCAGCAGCCCCUUGGACAGCGAUUUCCCUGUCGGCCAGGCCUCAGACACUCGAAGCACGCCAGCAGCCUUGCAGGUCGACCUGGACGCGAAUCGCAGCAGGGCUGGUUCCAUGGCAUCGAGUCUCGCCAAGGCAAGCCGAACCCCUAGCAGGGCCAACAGCAGUGUCAGCGACAGCAGCCAGGACAUGGAAGCCACCUUGCGUCCGCGGGUAUCAAGCUCAAACACCUCAAAGUUAUCUGGUCUGCAAAGCAUCUUCCAACCUCCAACACAAUCUUCGAGCUAUUUCAUUGGCGGCAAGACUGUGAGGAAGCCCAAAGCCAGCGACGAAGCUAGUGUACGGUCCAGCCAGUCUACUCGCUCUUUUGCCUCAUGGACCCAAAUUUUCGGUGGAAAGUCCCAACCCGGUCGAUCUAGGGCAUCAUCGCUGGGACAGCAGAAUGCACCAGGCGAGGCCGAACCAAGUGUUCCGAAACCACGCAACAAUCCACCUCUAACCACUACCAAAUCGUCGGCGUCGCUACCGACGACUGGGACAAUCAAAAGCCGCCCACCAGCAAAGCGUACACCGACUGCCACGCGACUUUCCGCCAGUCCGAAUCACGCGCGGAAAGAAUCCAACGCAAGCAGCCUCCCUCCGACUGUCGAGCUAGAUUCUAUGAUUGAAAGUUCCCAACUGCCGCCCACCAUGACAACGCAAAACGUGGAUAGUACUGGAUUAUUGACAGACCGAUUCGGCUUCAUCUACGACCAGAAACGGCGGAAACGACAGAGCCUCCCGGUUCGAGCACACAGACGAAACAAGCUGAGUGGCGCCGAAACCAUUGCUAGUUUCAGAGCUGGUGAAAACCCACAAGCUGAAGAACUCUCUGUCGAAAGACCAGCCACACCGAUUUCUGUAGAUGAGGAGGCACCCAAAAAGUCGUGGCAAGAGUACCUUAAGGUGCCCGCGGCUCUGUCUUCGGGAAGACCAAAAGAAUUGCUUUCACAUACACCCUCUGCUGGUGCAGUUGUUACUGUCAGUACGGUCGAUGUCGCGGGAACUACAACGCCGCCACGCCGAAGCAGAGAGACCUCCAUUUCGGUCUCUGCUGCUUCGCAAAAGGCUCUUCCAACGACUAGUGUGGUGAUGGAGCCACAACCCUCGACGGUAACGGCAACCUCCGCAGACUUUACGCCGGAUUCAGAGUCCGAAGCCACGGCCGACUCCGGCCCCGCAAAAUUGCUUCUGGACCAGCUGACAGAGUUGCACGACGCACUCCAAGCAGAGAGAGCUGUUCGGUGGAAUGACUUUCUGCGCAGAGUCCGAGCGGAAAGAGCGAACAACGUCGAUCGCGCGAGCAACACCAACACCCCUGAAGCAGACCUUCUCAACGGCGAACUCAUAGGGAUAGCAACCCUUGGGCGCUCGACCAAGACGAAAGCGAAGUACAUGCACUUCAAGUCACUGGUUCUGGCCGGCAUACCCGUCACCCUUCGGCCAAAGAUUUGGGCCGAAUGUUCUGGUGCGAGUGCUUUGAGGAUCCCUGGCUACUAUGAGGACCUCGUUGCCAGAUCGCAAGAAGGUACCGACAUCGACCCGGACAUUGCAAGCCAAAUCAAGGCGGAUGUUCACCGGACGCUCACGGACAAUGUGUUCUUCCGGCACGGACCUGGCGUUCAGCGGUUGGAAGAGUUGCUGAGGGCUUAUUCCUUGCACAAUCCACGCAUUGGAUACUGUCAAGGUAUGAAUCUGAUCACAGCUUCUUUGCUGCUCAUUUGCGCGACGGCAGAAGAUUGUUUUUGGCUUCUCGUUGCCAUCAUUGAUGUCAUUCUUCCAAGCCAAUAUUUCAGCUCGACCCUACUUGUGGCUCGGGCUGAUCAAGUGGUUCUUCGCCAGUAUGUUGCAGAAGUUCUGCCGAAACUGAGCGCCAAACUGGAUGACUUGGGUGUCGAGCUGGAGGCGUGUACGUUCCACUGGUUCUUGUCGUUAUAUACGGGCGUGUUGACGGGUGGAGAGGCUCUAUAUCGCGUUUGGGACGUUAUUCUCUGUCUCAACAGUUCCGACGCCCCUCCACAGGCCUUGAACCAGUCCAAGACCACCCUCACGGUGGAGAUGCCUUCCCUCGGCCUGACGAGCGGCCCAUCCACACCCGUGACGCCGUUGCACCCCCAAACGGAAUCCAGCCUCACAGGCGACAACUCCUCAGACGAGCAUGAUGGUACCUCGUCGCCCUUCCUCUUCCAAUUGGCCCUCGCUUUACUCAAACUCAAUGAAAAUGCCAUCCUCGCACUCGACUCGGCUGCGCAGGUUUAUACGUAUAUCAACCACAAUAUGACGAAUCACGCCAUCAGUAUUGAUGCGCUGGUGCAGGCAAGUGAGGCGCUGAGAACGAGGAUAGUAAGAAAGGAAGUGUUGGAGAGGAGGAAACAGGCUAUCAAAGAGUUGGGACCAUGAGUGCCAAAGACGAUUAGCGGAUACUAUGAGUAGUGUUCCUAUUCGACUAUAUUUCAGCAAGGUGAACGCAAGAUGUAGCAGGCCAUGGCAACAUCGAGACCACCAGCCUAUACCUGGCAAGUUCUGGACCAAUGCAGACAGCAUUACAGCUCACAGGUCGAAGAAUAAAACAGAGACAAAAAAACUAUACAAUCACGAGGAGGACAUCACAUGCAAUCCUCGAUCGAGAUAGAAUGGGUUAGGACGAAGAACGGGAGGGUCUUGGGCUGGAACUCGAGCUUGGAGUUUAAUCAGGAUAAAGAAUUCGGUUCAGGUGACGGAGAGCCUCUCCUGAAAUCUGAAUCUGCGCAGGACACGAGGAAAGCUUGACCGAGAGUGUGUGCCCUGAGGUGCCGGUGGCGGUUCUUCCUCCCACAUCUAGCAGACCGACCCAUGUGGUCAGAUGCACAGAAGGAGACCAAAGGGUUGAAAAAGACGCAACGACUUUUCUUUUGUUGUCACUUGCUUUUUGCUUUGCCUUUUCGGCAAGUUUAUUGUUACCUGUACGCAUGUUACAUGAUACCCCCAGGCCACCAUUUGAGAAAAAAGUGAGGGUGGAAAGAGAGCGCUGAAUAAGAGAAUGCAAGUGGAAAUGGAAAUGGCAAAAGUUCAAGCCUCAAAUCAAUACCAAGCAGCGCAUUCUUGAUCGAUCUCUUUGGACUCGUUCCGUCUGUCUGUCUGUAAUCCAU